AUGGGCAACCCGUUACAAGACCUAAACUGUCCACUGGAUGAUGAAGACGAUGAUUCUGCAAUAAUUGCAAUAGAUGAUCGAGCAACCUUUCAAGGAAAGAAAGAAUCUGGCAAACGAUUACUCGACUUGAAUUCUCUACCGGAAAUGGAAGGAUAUCUUGCUCCUCACAAAUUGACUCGUGGGACGGUUUUCAACACGGGAAUUGUCCUUUGUAAGAAUUAUGGGAAGUACUGUGGUUAUGGUGGUGUUGUGGUUACGGUUAUGAAGAUUAGUGAUGGAUAUCUCGCCGUAAUGGAGGUCGUGGUGAGAUCUCUAUCAUUCAGAGAGAGAUUCAGAAAUCCAUCUCCAUUAUACAUUUUCCCAUCUCUCUCAUCUAUAAUCUCACAAUCUGUGCUAAAAUUCCUGGUUUCAUUGCCUCUUGAUCCUGAUUUCUCGUAUUUUCAUACAAAAGAUAAAAAAUGGAGAGUCUUUGAUCUGGCCUGCAUUGAUCAUAGAGGUACUCCUCAGCACCCUGCAAGAAUUUGCGCCUUGGAGCAAUAUGAUGGAGCUGUCUGCUGGGGUGCUGCCUACUGCGUGCGAGGAGGAGCCGAAAACGAAAAGGCGGCAAUGGAGUAUUUGGAACGAAGAGAGUGCGAGUAUGACCAGAAGACAUUGGUGGACUUUUACAAGGAAGGAGACUCCGAGCAGUCCUUCUUAACUGGAGUGAUAGUGUUCACAUCAACUCAAGACAAAGUUUCGAACAAGUACUAUCUAGGACCUGCCCCUCUGGAGGACAUGGCGAGGGAAAUUGCAACCGCCAAUGGUCCCUGCGGUAACAACAGAGAUUACAUUUUCUUGUUGGAGAAAGCCAUGUUUGACAUUGGUCAUGAAGAUGAGUCUGUCAUAGAGCUGGCAAAUGAAGUGAAGAAGGUCCUGGGAAUUGUGGGAGGCGUGCCGAAGGAGAAGAAGUUACUGUCUCCUUGUAGCAGCACUCUUAAGUCUCACAUGGCAUCGUCUUCACCUCUCAAAUUGCGACCUCUGCCUGAAACAGUUCCCUUGAACCGGUAG